AACGUAAUAUACGUUGGCCUAUUUCCGGAAAAUCUCUUACCUGUCGAUGCAUUUAAAUCAUCGAAAGAAAUGCUACAAAAUGGCGACUUUAUAUCUUAUUUACUGUGUGCUUAAUUUACUGUUCAGUUGGUAUUGUGUAGAUUCAGCCAACACACAGUAUAUGAAAGCAUCGAUAAAGAAUUAUUUUUCUGAUACCCGACACCACGAUCCUAGAUUCAGAGCGUAUAAGUAUGCUGCAAAAGAAUAUAUUUUCAACGAAUUUCUCAAGUUUGGACUAAGAACUGAAUACCAUACAUUUCAGGAGACAUCUGUUUCUCCUACAGAUUAUUUCCAAAAUGUUAUUGGUAUAUUAAGGGGUAUAAACUUUGGAACAGUACACGACCGAAUUAUAGGACUAGGUGCACACUAUGACACCUUUCUUACUACCAAAGGAGUUGACGAUAAUGGAGCAGGAGUUGCAGCUAUGUUGGAAGUUGUUAGACAGCUAAGUUACAUGAACAAGAAUGGCAUCACAAGGAGAAACACCAUUGUAUUUGCAGGGUUUGAUCUUGAAGAAUAUGGAGGAUGCCAGUCGUGUAUUCUUCGAGGUUUCGCUGCUUGGGCUGGAAGUCGUCAUUUUGUAAAAUCAUGGCUCCCUGCAUGGCUAUCAAUAAAUUAUGGUAAUGACCUGCCACCAGUAAUGCACGGAGUUAUAAUCAUGGACACAAUGAUGGAAUAUAAUACUUCCAGUAAAUCUCAGAAAAUUCCAGAAGGAUACGAGUCUGCGUUUCAAACAUUAUUCAACGAUACCUAUGCUAGUAUUGCAUCUGACAACUUCAGAGGAGACUUCUUAAAUUUGAUAUACCGUAAACCUACUAACGACUCCUAUCUAUCUGAAGCUUUCCAUUCGUCAUGGACAGAGUCAGGAAGACCAAAAUAUCAAAUUGAGUCCUUUCCUCUUCCUUUUGUGAGUGUUGGUGACUUAAAGCCAAAAGAGAUAAAUGUCUUAAGUAACUUUCUACGCAGUGACCAUGCCAAUUUCUGGGAAAAUGGAUUCCCAGCUAUCUGGAUAACUGAUUCAGCCAAUUUUCGUGGUGACAUGAUUCAGUGCUACCAUGCCGAAUGUGAUAACGAGGAAGUUAUGCUGACAGAUGAAAACAUUAAUUUUCUUGGUAAAACAGCAGAUGCACUUGUAAAGACGAUCCAUAAACUGUCAGAACCUUCUGGGUCCGGUACAAAAGAAGACAUCAAUUCAACAGGUAUGACUGCAGGAGGCAUUAUUGGAAUCAUAAUAGCGGUAAUAGUUUUACAGCUACCCUUUAUUGUGGCAUAUGUACUAUGGAGGAGGAACAGAUCAAUUCCAUAUCAGAAGGAUGAAGAUGAAAAUCCCACAAACGGAAAAGGAUAGCAUUGCACUUCAAACUAUUUCAUUCUUAUCGAAAAUGAAUAUAGAAAACAAAAAAAUGCAUUUAAUAUCAUAAAACUGUUUAAUAAGUUUUAUUAUCUAUAUCAGGGUUAUGAGAUCAUUUUUAUAUUUAUUUAUUUUUGAAAAAAGGAGAAAUAUAAAUUCAUAUUUUCCCUAGUUAUCAUUCCAUUGAUAAAUUCGAUGUAAAAUGUCAACACUUUUAAUUUUAAUGACGAAGUAAGUUCUUCCUGGUAAAUUCAAAUAUAUGGUCUUCUCUUUUCAAUAUAUUUGUUUUCUGUAAGUUAUUAACAUGGAAUAACAUUUGUAACUGAUUGUACAAUUUCGUUACAUGUAAAAACUGGAUUCACAUAUCCUAAUGGAUGACGAAAUUUAAUAGAUAACGGAUAAAAAUGGAAUAAAAUAAAGUUCUAUUUAUGAAGAUUUCUAAAUAGUGAAAAUUAUUCCCCAUAAAUUUUUUUAUGCCCCCCCCCUAGGGGCAUUAUGUUUUUCGGUCUGUGCGUCCGUUCGUCCGUCCGUCCGUCCAUCCGUCUGUCCUGCUUCAGGUUAAAGUUUUUGGUCAAGGUAGUUUUUGAUGAAGUUGAAGUCGAAUCAACUUGAAACUUAGUACACAUGUUCCCUAUGAUAUGAUCCUUCUAAUUUUAAUUCCAAAUAAGAGUUUUGACCCCCAUUUCACGGUCCACUGAACAUAGAAAAUGAUAGUGCGAGUGGAACAUCAGUGUACUAUGGACACAUUCUUGUUCUUUCUAUUUUGUUUAAGCUUUGAUUGUUUUUAAUGAUACUUAACCUGCUUGCUGAUUUUAUUUAAUUUUUAAAACCUUUAUCUAUAUUUACAUAUUAAAGAUAGAACAGA